AUGAAAGUAAAAACAAUUACUCGGGGGACAUCGUUGACGCGUCUCAAUGAUCAGAAUCCUGUGCAAAGAAAUUUGGACCCUAAUCUCCAUCCAUUUGAACGCGCUCGUGAAUAUACGAGGGCACUGAAUGCAACAAAAAUGGAUCGGAUGUUUGCCGCUCCUUUUCUAGGCCAGAUGGGACAAGGACACCAAGAUGGUAUUUACUCAUUAGCACGAGAUACCAAUUCUUUAAUUGAUUGUUCCAGUGGCAGUGGUGAUGGUGUUGUAAAACUUUGGAAUGCCGGAGAAAGAGAAGAACGGUGGUCUACAAAGGCUCACGAUGGCAUUGUCCGUGGAUUAGUAUUUUCUAACAAUGGUGAUAUACUGUCGUGUGCUUCUGACAAAUAUGUGAACCUUUAUGAUAAACAAGAUGGUUCUGUUAAAAAAUCCUUUUUGGGAGACGCCUCCCUUCUGGACAUUGAUACAUGUAAGAAAGGUCAUAAUUUUGCUACUAGUGGUGCGAAUGUUUCUGUUUGGGAUAUUAAUCGUGACACGCCUGUAUCAAAGUUCGAAUGGGGUGUAGAUACGUUACCAGUAGUGAAGUUUAACUAUGCUGAAACUUCUAUAUUGGCUUCCGCUGGCAUUGAUCGUUCCAUCAUAAUUUACGAUUUGAGGACUUCUUCCCCAAUAGCUAAAAUGGUUAAUAAACUUCGAACCAAUGCUAUUUCAUGGAACCCUGUUGAGCCAUUUAAUUUCAUUGCCGGUAGUGAAGACCAUAAUGUUUAUUUGCAUGACAUGAGAAAUAUGAAACGAGCUCUUCAUGUUUACAAGGAUCAUGUGUCUGCCGUUACCAGUGUAGAUUUCUCUCCCACAGGACAAGAGUUCGUAAGUGGCUCUUACGAUAAGACUAUAAGAAUUUAUAAUGCUCGCGAAGGUCACAGUCGGGAUAUAUAUCACACGAAGAGAAUGCAGAGGGUUACUAGUGUUCGUUUUUCGAUGGAUUCCCAAUACAUAUUUUCAGGCUCUGAUGAUAGCAAUGUUCGUCUUUGGAGAUCUAAAGCAUCUUCACGUGCCAGUAUACGCUCCACCAGAGAAGAAAACCGUCUUAAGUACUUGGAUGCUUUGCGCGACCGUUACAAACAUAUUCCUGAAGUUCGUCGUAUUGCCCGCCAUCGUCAUGUUCCUUCAGUCGUGAAGAAGGCAGGUGAAAUCAAGAGAGAAGAAGUUGCUUCACUUAAGCGCCGUGAAGAAAAUCGUCGCCGUCAUAGCAAGAAAGGUGCAGUGCCUUACGAAAAAGAACGGGAAAAGCAUGUUGUUGCUUUACAAAAGUAG